UGACGCCUUUAGAUUGUGGGAUUGUAUUCUGUCCAGGAAAUUCUGGUGGUGGUUAGCUAGCUGGUCAACCUGUGUGACAGACAUGUGGAAGACUUGUUAAUGUCCAUGAGUGGCUAUUUAGCUAGUUCAUUCAGCAAAAAAAUUGUCGUUAAUUCGUUUAACGCCACCUCGGGCUUCUGUUUGAGGCGGUUGAAUUUCAUCUCUGCGUGUAGCUGAAUCAGAAAUCACCGGAACAGCGGAACAAGGCAAGGAGAGAUGUCACACUAUUCAUCCUCCCGGAGUUCGUCUCGGGCAACCGACUGUAAAGUGUACGUGGGUGACUUGGGCAAUGGUGCUGCCAAGGGGGAGCUGGAGCGAGCAUUCAGUUAUUAUGGCCCACUGAGAACUGUCUGGGUGGCCAGAAAUCCACCUGGGUUUGCCUUUGUGGAGUUUGAGGAUGCCAGAGAUGCAGAAGAUGCUGUGAAAGGCAUGGAUGGAAAGGUCCUUUGUGGUUCCCGUGUUCGUGUGGAGCUGUCAACGGGCCUCUCCAGGAAGGGCCGUGGGCGCCCCAGCCGACGCCAGUUUGACCCCAAUGAUCGGUGUUACCAGUGUGGGGACCGGGGCCACUAUGCCUAUGACUGCUACCGCUUUAGCAAGCGAGGAGGCCGUCGCAGCAGGUCUCGAUCUCACUCCAGGUCUAGGUCCAGGUCCCGCGGGCGCCGUUAUCGCUCUCGCUCCCACAGCCGUAGCCGAAGCCACAGCCGGAGCCGUCGUCGAUCUCCAUCCUAUUCCAGACGCAGGAGCAGGUCUGGCUCUCCAGCCCGUUCCAAGUCCAGGACUCCAGUGAGAAGUCGUUCCAGAUCUCGGUCCGGCUCUGCGCCCAGACGGCGCUCUCCCUCCCGAUCUCGCUCGCGAUCUCCAGCAGCCAAUCACAAGAGGAACAGCGUGUGGUGGGAGCUGAGCACCGCACUGACACCACAGCUGAUCCCAGGCCCAGGGUCUGCCAGCUGGCGGUGUGUACGUCCUGCGGGAGGGUGACUAAGCGCUGACCUGAGAUCAGCCUUCGUCUGCAUCUGGUGUUAGACAGCGAGAAAGAGGUCGACCUACCGACCGAACCCUCCCCACAGUGAAUGGGUGACCGUCUGUUCAACCGACGCACACGCUAAGACGAGAUCAGCCCGUGCACACAUACAGUUGUUCUACUAGAGUUCUACUAGAGUCACCCAGCCAGCCAGCCUUCAGAUGUACCAGAGGGCUGACCCACACAGAUCAGAGUUCGACCGCUACCUUUUUAAGUCCAUUACCUACCUACCAGACCCCCCUACCUACCAGAGUUCUUCGGCCUCUGUCUUAGCUUCUGAAAGAGAGCUGACGAGAGAUCAGUCUUCAAGAGCCUCCCAGCGCAGUGUCUCUCCGAGUUGUAGUCAUCCGUCCUACAGUCCUUUCAUCCUUCGCUUCUCUGUACUUGUUGUUUCUGCCACUGUCUCCAAAGGUAACCAAAAAUCAAACCCCCUGACAAGCUCAUGUUCAUGGUGAAAGAAAAUGCACAGGUCUGAUGUAGUCUGGAAAACUGGUGAUUAUAGAGCUAAAGUUGAGGCUUUAACAAGCAUGCUCAGAGUACAAAUGUGUGUUUGCAUGCGAGUGCGCGUGGAUGAUUGAGUGAGUGCAAGAGAGGAAGGCAAAGUGAAUUUUAAUGGGUUGAUCUCUGAGGAGGGUUUGUCAGAUAUGUUUUUCUUCUUGUGCCGUAGAUGUUGCAACAUCGUUACUGUUUUAAGCAGCUUUAUCAUUUUAGUAUUUAUUUUAGUACAGCACAAUAAUAUUGGUGGCUUUCAGAUGUGCAGUUCCUUCUCUGUUCAUGGUAUAGAACAGUUUCUAUUAGGGCUGAACGAUAUGGGGAAAUAAUGUAAUUGCUUUUUUACACACAAAUUGUGAUUCGGUACGUGAUUAAAAAGUUAUCUUCUGUAUGACAGUAUACAGUCAACAUAAACUGUGCUUUCAUGUAGGCCAGCCCUACAUGUUGUGAGGGAAACGAGAUAAAUUGAUGCAAUCACGGUAGAAUAUUAUGACCUGUAACUUUAAACCUUGUAAUAUAACCAUCAUGACUAAACUUAAAAUCUGAAGAUAGAAUAACUUGCCAGGUGUGAACAUUAAUAUAUGAAAAAUAAAUAUGAAUCUUACUGAUCUCCCUCAGUUACAGUGUUCAAAAUUCAAGUGGCUCCACCACUCGCCUCGUAAACCUGUUGCUAAGCGUUCCUGCUUCAGCUUCCAGAUUGUGGUCGGGAAGCACACGGGCGCUCCUCAGAGCAGAAACUAUAAAUCUGUUGUCACAAGUGAGGAGACUAUGUCAAGGAACCGUCAGGAUUUUAAAUGGGUGUUUUUUGCCCUGGGGGGGGGAGGGGUUCAAUUGUGUAUUUAGCUUUUGACAUGACAAGUAUUUCUUUGAAAUACAAAUAUUAAGUUGCCUUAGACAUAUUAAACACUAAAAGAAAAAAUCAUCUGGUCUGAAAAGGUCAAAGAGGUAUUGAGAUAGUUAACAAGUGCCUAUCCAGUCAUGGACUUUCUCUAAAGAUGUACCCCGUGUUAAGAUGUUGAGUAAUGUGGGAUUUUUGUGUCUGAUCAUUCUUCCAUCCUCCCCUGUGGCGAGCUAACUCCUCUUCGUUUCUGUUUCAGUCGUUCCCGUACAGCAAGUCCACACCGAAGCCCUACGCCCGCAGACGACUGAGUGAAGAAGACUUAUUAGUUCCUUAACAGACAGACCCUCUGCUCUGCACCCCGUCUGCUUUCACAGCCCUACAGAAGCUGUUUUUUUUUGUACUUGUCUGUUUAGUCCCAGUCUUUUUUAAGAUUAUUUUUCUCCCCAGGACUGUAGUCUUCGUGCAGCCUCAGAUUAUUGAAGAUUUAGUCAGUUUAGCAGACAAAAGUCAGUUUCCAUUUGAUAGAAAGUGUACUGCUGCUGCAUAGGUCCCCUUUCUUCUCUGAAGUCGCGUGCUGUAGCAAGUGUAAGAAGCAACACCUGUGUUAAGGUGGUACUGAAUGGUGCCGUUGGCUUUUAGCAGUGAUAUGAGUAGCUCGUACAGUACACUUUCUGUGGAAGAUGGCCCAGUUGAUGCAGCGUUUGAGAGUGAAGACAUUGCAUUGAAAACUUUAUUCCCUAAAAUUUCUAAACCAUCAAAAUAUUUUCCCCGUUGAGAAUCGGCAAACAAUUAUUUUUUUGUAUUGCUCUCCAAAUUUGAUUUUUUUUUUUUUAGGUUAAAAUGCUGUUUAAUGUUUCCACUCAUGAUGGCAAAGGAGGUAGUUGCUGGCCUGCAUGCCUUUUGAAUAUGUAGUCACAUUCCUGUUUGUUGUUUCUGUGCUGCACUGCCCCCUUUUAUGAACCUGAUCAGCUUUACUGUGUGCUGAACGGAUUUUCCCCAUGUGUUGAAUCUCCAAUUUUGUUUGUGACUUUUAAUUUUAAAAUAUAUACAGUGCUGAAGUUUGAUUUCUGUAAGGGCUGCUUUAACAGUUUUGUUCUGUUCCUGGCUUAUACUGUGAGACAGUGGCAGUUUCAGUUUUGAAUAAACCUCUUCAAC